GGGAACUGGGGGCUGUGCGCUUUCCGGCGCUGUCGCGACGAGUCGCAGCUGUCAUGGCGGAGACAGUUUGGAGCACUGACACCGGGGAGGCUGUGUAUCGCUCCCGGGACCCCGUGCGCAACUUGCGCCUCCGAGUCCACCUGCAAAGAAUCACAUCAAGCAACUUCCUCCGUUACCAGCCUGCUGCCCAGCCUGGGAAGGACCUCAUAGACUUGGCCACUUUUAGGCCUUACCCAACUGCCAGUGGACACCGCUCAGAGGAAGAGGAAGAGGAAGAGGUCGUGAUUGGGUGGCAGGAGAAGCUCUUUAGCCAGUUUGAAGUAGAUCUGUACCGAAAUGAAGCGGCCUGUCAGAGCCCUUUGGAUCAUCAGUACCGUCAAGAGAUCCUGAAGCUGGAGGCUUCAGGUGGCAGGAGGAACCGACGGAUUUUUACCUACACUGACUCUGAUAGAUACACCAAUGUGGAGGAGCACUGUCAGAAAAUGACCACCGCAGCCCAGGAGGUGCCAUCGUUCUUGGUUGAGCGAAUGGCAAAUGUCAGGCGGCGACGGCAGGACAGGCGAGGGAUGGAGGGCGGCAUCCUCAAGUCGCGAAUUGUCACCUGGGAACCAUCAGAAGAAUUUGUCAGGAACAACCAUGUCAUCAACACCCCUCUUCAGACAAUGUACAUCAUGGCAGACCUGGGGCCCUAUGGAAAGCUUGGCUAUAAGAAGUAUGAACAUGUCCUCUGUACUCUGAAGGUGGACAGCAAUGGUGUGAUCACAGUAAAACCUGACUUCACUGGCCUCAAAGGACCCUACAGGAUUGAGACCGAGGGGGAGAAGCAGGAGCUGUGGAAGUAUACUAUCGACAACGUGUCCUCCCUCGCACAGCCGGAGGAAGAGGAGCGGGAGCAACGUGUGUUCAAGGAUCUCUAUGGCCGCCACAAGGAAUAUCUCAGCAGCCUGGUGGGCACUGACUUUGAGAUGACUGCCCCAGGUGCCCUCCGGCUCUUUGUAAACGGAGAGGUAGUUUCAGCCCAAGGCUACGAGUAUGACAAUCUCUAUGUGCACUUCUUUGUGGAAUUGCCAACCACUAAUUGGUCAAGCCCAGCAUUCCAGCAGCUCUCAGGAAUAACACAGACCUGUGCCACCAAAUCCCUGGGAAUGGAUAAGGUGGCUUACUUCUCCUACCCAUUCACAUUUGAGGCCUCCUUCCUCCAUGAAGACGAAUCUGCUGAUGCUCUCCCAGAGUGGCCUGUGCUCUACUGUGAGGUCCUCUCACUGGACUUCUGGCAGAGGUAUCGCGUGGAAGGCUACGGGGCUGUGGUGCUGCCCGCCACCCCAGGCUCUCACACCCUGACAGUCUCCACGUGGAGACCCAUGGAACUUGGCACAGUGGCUAAGCUGAGGAGGUUUUUCAUUGGCGGCUCUCUGGAACUGGAGGACCUCUCCUACGUGCGGAUACCGGGAACCUUCAAGGGAGAGCGUCUGAGCCGCUUUGGGUUCCGCACUGAGACCACAGGCAGCGUCACCUUCCGCCUGCACUGUCUGCAGCAAUCCAGGGCCUUCACGGAGUCCAGUUUCCUCCGGAAAAGGAUGCAGAGUGUGCUGGACCGUCUGGAGGGAUUCAGCCAGCAGAGUUCCGUUCGCAGCGUGCUGGAGGCCUUCCGUCGCGCCCGGCGCCGCAUGCAGGAGGCCCGAGAAAGCCUUCCCCAGGACCUGGUGAGCCCUUCGGGAACCAUGGCGUCCUAGCCCACUGCUGCACUGGCCCCUGGGCAAGAGGCAAGAUGCGUGAUGUCCCCCUAACGCUGGUGUCCCCCUACCUUCGUCCUUCUGACUGGUGACCCCAUUGACCUGCCGAGAACCAGAAGAGCUGAGAAAAUCCCGGGCUGGUGCCUCUGCCUGGUCUUCAGCAGGGUCUCCUCCCUGCUGCGAAGCAAUAAAGCUGGAGACCCUAUGGUCCCCCUCUUCAUAUUUCAUUUACUGCAAGUGGGAGUCACCCCAAGGCAGACUUACUGGUUUAGCUCCGUUUGGGGUGACCCCACAGUUAGCUCAGUCCUCAACACAGCCUCUUUUCUGGCUUGUCUCACUGUCUCCCAGCGGAGAGCUGCAGGCAACUCCUGGUCUGCAGCCUGCAUUACGGAUGGAGGUUCAAGGCGCACCGGGGUGGCUCGGUCGGUCGGUUCAGCGUCUGACUCUUCAUCUCUCACCUCAGGUCUUGGUCUCACAGUCGUGAGUUCGAGCCCCGCAUUGGGCUCUGUGCUGGGCGUGAAGCCUACUUAAAUAAAAAAAAUGUAAAAAGAACAAUGGAGGCUAAAGAAAGGUGAGAGAUAUCUUGAAUUCCUGGCCCGAGAGCCUCAGCCUCCUCUUUCCAGGGUAGCCUGGGCUUGCUGCUUGGGCUUGUUGUGUUUGGAGAUACAACUUAUUUCUGGAGUAAAUGAAGGCUAAAGGCAGUGCCCAGUCCUUUCUGCUAGCUGGGUAGUACCUUUAUUGUGUUUUCUUGUACAUAAAAACUUUGUAUAUUGA